AUGCCCUCCUCCUCGCUCGCCGAAUACCUCGCAAAGAACUACCUAACCGCCGACCCCGCGCCCCCAACCGAGCGCCCGAAGAAGAAGCGCAAGAAGACGAAAACCGCCGAGCCGGACGGCCUCGUCAUCGCCGACGACGACCCGCCCGACCUGCGGAGCACGGCUGCGCUGAAGUCCAGAGAGACGGACGAGUACGGCCCUGCUGUUGUGGCGGGCGCGCGGAGCGCCGAGUUCCGCCGGAGCAAGAAGAGCAACUGGAAGACUAUCGGGUCGGGUACGAAUACGGCUACGGCUGCGGCUACGGGGCGGAAUAGCGGGCGCGAUGAGGCGGAUGCGAUAUUAGCGGAUGCGAUGGCUGAGGAGGAGGCGAGGCGCGCGGCGGGCGAUGAGGAUCCGAUGGUUGUUGAGCGGGAUGAGGAGGACGAGGGCGGGCUACGCAUGGAAUCGGGCGCGCGGGCGGGUCUCCAGACGGCGGAGCAGACGGCUGCUAUGGUUGCGGCGCAGCAGAGGAGGAAGAAGGCCGAGGAGGCGCGGUAUAAGGGGGUGGACGAGGGGGAUGGGCAGGAGACGAUCUACCGCGAUGCGUCGGGGCGGAUCAUCAAUGUUGCGAUGAAGCGGGCGGAGGCGCGGCGCGUGGAGGAGGAGAAGAAGGUGCAGGAGGCGCAGGCGAGGGAGGCGCUUAUGGGGGAUGUGCAGCGGGCUGAGAGGGAGGAGCGGAGGGCGGCGCUGGAGGAGGCGCGGGUUAUGCCGUUGGCGCGGAGGGCGGACGAUGAGGAUCUGAAUGAGGAGUUGAAGGCGCAGGGUCGCUGGAAUGACCCUGCGGCGCAGUUUCUUACGAAGAGUUCGGGCGGGGCGAAGAGUCGGACGGGGAGGCCGUUGUAUCAGGGGGCAUUUCAGCCGAAUCGGUAUGGGAUUCGGCCGGGGCAUCGGUGGGAUGGGGUGGAUCGGUCGAAUGGGUUUGAGAAGGAGUGGUUUGCGGCGAGGAAUAAGAAGGGGAGGAUGGAGGCGCUGGAGUAUGAGUGGCAGAUGGAUGAGUAG